GUGUAUCGAUCAGUCAAGUUUUACAACUUAGGAUUUCAACCUUUGAAAUUUUCAACCUGACAACAAUUAGUCGACCAACCUAUCUUCAUACUCGACGUUAUCGACAGGAACCAUGGCUUCGACUGAAACCCGUCCGGCGGACGUCGCCGACCCUACGGUCAAGACGGCGGCACUCGAGAAAGAAAUCAACGAGAAAGUCGAUGCUAUAGAUAUUGACUCGGAAUCCAUUGAGCCUGAGCUUGAUCUCUACGUGCCCCUGAAGAUGGACGGCAGCAUCGUCGACCACCGCAACCCUCUCACGAUACGCGCCGUCAUCGUCGGGAUCGUAUUAGGUUGUCUUGUCAAUGCUUCUAACUUGUACCUGGGUUUGAAAACUGGGUUUACCUUCGCGGCUUCUAUGUUCGGAGCUAUCUUCGGAUACGGCAUAAUUAAGAUCUGCUCGAAGACCAACCUGCCUAUCAUCGGUGGUUCUUUCGGACCUCAAGAAAACUCAAUUAUUCAAGCCGCGGCGACGGGUGCUGGCGGAAUUUCUGGUAUCUUUGUUGCCGGCAUUCCUGCGAUGUACCAACUUGGGGCAGAAGUAGGCAAUCCCAAAGAUGACUUCGGCGCUAUUCUCACAAUCACUCUCGUGUGCUCGUUCUUCGGCCUCUUCUUCGUCACUCCUCUUCGAAAGUUCUUUAUCAUCCAGGUCGCCCGAGAAUUGAAGCUGCUUUUCCCGACCGCCACGGCUGUAGCUCUAACUAUCAGAUCGAUGCAUGCCGGCGCCGCCGGUGCCAGGGAAGCUUUGAGUAAACUCAAGGCGCUCGGCUUGGCCUUCACUGUUGCUCUCGUCCAGCGCGUGGCAUCUUACUAUGCUGUCGGAAUCUUAUACGACUGGCACAUCUUCACUUGGAUUUUUAUCUGGUCCGAUUAUACCGCUACUACGGCGAUGACCAUUGAAAGUUGGGGUUGGUGGUUUGAGUGGACACCUGCUUUCAUUGGCAGUGGAAUGCUCAUCGGAAUGAACUCGGCGCUCUCCUUAUUCGGCGGUGCCUUUAUCGCAUGGGCUAUAAUAGGACCUGUUCUCGUCCACUACGGAACAUGUGUCGGUGUACAGCAAGUUGAUGAUCCGCAAUGGGCUUCUUGGUACUCCUACGCCUCUCUGAGUAACUUGGGACACACGACUCCUAGCCCCAGAUACUGGUUACUUUGGCCUGGCGUGAUGAUAAUGGUUUGCACAUCGAUGGCCGAGCUUUUUGUCCAAUACAAGGUAAUCGGAUACGCGGGCCGAGUGAUUUGGCAGAAGGGUUGUGCCAACAUCAACACCCUUUUAGUCAAGCAUGGCAAGAACUCGAACUAUUUUGCCUCGCGUGCGGCGAAGGAAGUCAAAGCAUCUGAGACCAUCAUCGAAGACCCAGCAUCGCCGCAGGACCAGGUAUCACUAUGGAUGUGGGUCACCGGCCUCAUCGUAACCAUCGCCGCCGCUAUGGUCAUCUUCGCUCUGCAGUGGGGAAUGAAUCCUGGCUUGACAAUUCUGGCUUGUCUGUUGGGUUUCAUGUUCUCUUUCCUGGCCAUUCAAAUCGGCGCGGUUACUGAUCAGACACCAUUGACGGCUGCAUCAAAGGCCAGUCAGCUGAUUUUCGGUGCUGCCACCAAGAAUAGCGGGUUCUCGAUCAAAGAUGCACAACGAGUCAACUUGGUUGCUGGUGGUCUCGCUUCUGGAGGUGCCGACGUGGCGUCGUCACUCACAGCUGACUUCCGCACCGGUUUUUUGCUGGGUACACCACCUAUCAAGCAAUGGUACGCGCAGGGUCUCGGAACGAUGAUCUCGAUCUUCCUCGCUCCUGGCAUGUUCGUCCUGUUCACCUCGGCCUAUCCAUGCAUUCUCGAUGCGGAGGCCAAGCAUUGCGCUUUCGCUGUGCCAUCAGUUGCUGCUUGGGCCGCAGUUGCACAGGCUGUCACCGACCCAGCAGUCAGCAUUCCCUUAACAUCGGGAAUAUUCUCUAUCGUCAUGGGUGUCUUCUGCAUAGCGCAGGUAGUAUUCAGACACUUCUAUUUAGUAGGCGAGCGCGAGAAGUAUCGCGAGUAUCUUCCUAACUGGGGUGCGAUAGCCUUGAGUUUCGUACUGCCGAAUCCGGUGUUCACGACGGCAGCCAUGUUCGGUGCCAUCGUGGCUUGGAUAUGGCGAAAGUGGAAGCUCAGCAGCUUCGACCUGUACGGCUAUGCUGUUGCUGCUGGCUUCAUUGCAGGCGAGGGUCUUGGAGGCGUCGUCGGUGCGGUUCUCCAGAUUGCCGGUGUGUCGGGUGACGUUCUCGGUACCAGCAUUGCUUGCCCUGCUGGCUACUGCUAAUCAUUUUUCCUUUAUAAGCCUCUUAUACCCCUGAGAGUCAGCGGAUGUAGC